AUGGACUCAGAAGAGCAGCUUGUUGACUCUCCGAUUCAGGACGAGGGGACUCAGUCGGAGAACCCAAGUGCUGAUUCUGCUACGGCCAUAGAGUCCUCACCGUUGCCAACAAGGCCAGGAUACCAUCAGUCUCCUCGUACAGCAAGGAAACGCACCAAUGAAGAAGUCUACGAGUCUGUGAAAUCGCUGAAAACACCUUCUACUCCCUCGAGAUUUCAAAAGUCAAGCAAUGUCGUGCCGCAGCCCCAGGAAGGACCCCAACCAUCGGCAACCCCCAUAGCAAGGCCUGUACCAAAUUCGCAGGGUAUAAGGCCGAACAAGGCGACUGCAACGAAUGAUACAGGGGCUGAAGGCAUGGUAACGACAAAUCACAAUGUGGCCCCACCCCAGGAGACACAAAAUACCUUUGUCAAAGACAUUGAAGACUACCGACAGCAACUGGAACUUGAAUUCCAAGAAUUUGAACGGUCACUUGACGAAAGAGACCCAGCAGCAGACCUGGAGCCCAUGGACUGGGAUGACUUGGAGGCACAGUACAACAAAGAGGUCCAGUCGAAGGUGGCCGCUGAACAAGAAAUUAUGAGCGAAUUUAGUGCUCGCUUUGAGCAAUUCAUGCUCUACAUGCAGGUUUCCGCUGAUUAUGAGGCCGAGCGAGCCAUCAAAAGGUUGCGGACUCGGAUCGCCAUUACCCGAAACACGGAAACAGCGCUUGCACAGAAGCAGGCACAUCACGCAAAAGUGCUUGAGGCUUUCCAAAGUGCAAUGAACCUUCUCAACACUUGA